AUUCAUCAACCGUUCCAUUCCAUCCAUCUCUAACAAAACCAUGGCGGCUUCCUCCUCCAACACCACAUCCCUCCUGCUCCUCAUCAUCGCCACGUCGGCUUCCCUCCUGUCCCUGGCCGCGGGCCGCGACUUCUCCAUCGUGGGAUACUCCUCCUCCAACCUCACCUCCACCGACAAGCUGGUCGACCUGUUCGAGUCCUGGAUGGAGAGACACUCCAGAAUCUACGAGACCAUCGAGGAGAAGCUCCUGAGGUUCGAGAUCUUCAAGGACAACCUCUUCCACAUCGACGACACCAACAAGAAGGCCGCCAACUACUGGCUCGGCCUCAACUACUUCGCCGACCUCACCCACGAGGAGUUCAAGAACAACUACCUCGGCCUCAAGCCAGUCAACACGAGAAGGGACACAGUAGUCAACGACGAAGACGACGAGGAGAUCAGCAGCAGCAUUCCCAUUCCCAAGGCUGUGGACUGGAGGAAGAAGGGAGCGGUCACCCCCGUGAAGAACCAAGGGUCGUGCGGCAGCUGCUGGGCCUUCUCCACCGUCGCGCCCGUCGAAGGGAUCAACCAGAUCGUGACGGGGAACCUCACGGCGUUAUCGGAGCAGGAGCUCAUCGACUGCGACACGGGUUACAACAACGGUUGUAACGACGGUCUAAUGGACUACGCUUUCGCCUACAUCGCAUCCACCAGUGGGCUCCACAAGGAGGAGGAUUACCCUUACGUCAUGGAAGAAGGCACCUGCGAGAUGACCAAGGCGGCGGAUGCUGAGGUGGUGACGAUUAGCGGGUACAAGGACGUGCCGGCCAACAACGAGCAGAGCAUGCUGAAGGCGCUAGCGAACCAGCCGCUGAGCGUGGCGAUUGACGCCUCUGGGAGGAAUUUCCAGUUCUACAGUGGGGGUGCGUUCGACGGGCACUGUGGGACGAGCUUGAACCACGGGGUGGCGGCGGUCGGGUACGGGUCGGGCGGGAAAGGGCUGGACUACGUGAUCGUGAAGAACUCGUGGGGGCCCGAGUGGGGGGAGAAGGGCUUCAUCCGGAUGAAGAGGAACACCGGCAAGCCCGAGGGGAUGUGUGGCCUUUACAAGAUGGCUUCCUACCCUACCAAAUCCAAAUGAUUACCCAUUCAUUGUUGUUCCCUUACUUAAACCACACUCCCCAAUUUCCUACCUUUUUCCACCCUUAAAAAAAAUAAUAAUGAUUA